CAACACUGGCCCAGUUUAUCUUCUGUAGUCACACAAGCAGCCUGUCUAUCCGACAGAGUUUGAUAAUUUUCAAAAAAUGCCUCCAAUACAGAAGCAAUCAAGCGACGUCGAUAUUUUCUAUGAAACCGUGCUACAGCUCGUCCAAUCAGCGGGAAAGCUUAUUAACGAGAGAAUUUCCCAAGCCAAAACCGUCGAAGUAAAAUCAUGCGAGAUCGAUUUGGUCACGGAAACCGACCAGCAAGUUGAAAAACUAUUAAUCAAGGGCUUGUCAACCGCAUUUCCCGACCACAAGUUUAUCGGCGAGGAAUCCGUCGCCGACGGGGCUCAAUGCGCCUUAACGGACGCUCCGACUUGGGUAAUAGACCCAGUGGACGGGACCAUGAAUUUCGUUCACAGCUUUCCACACUCGUGCAUUUCAAUUGCAUUGCUCAUUAACCAGGUGCCUGAAAUUGGCAUCAUUUACAAUCCAAUGUUGGAUCAACUGUUCACUGCCAAAAGGGGCUCAGGGGCUUAUUUGAAUGGUAGGAAAAUUUCUGUUUCUGACAAGUCCAGCCUGUCUGAGGCUUUGGUCAUGAUGGAGUUUGGAACCAGCAGAGAUCCAGAGAAAAUGAAGGUUGUGUUGGAGAAUCAACAGUCACUAAUGCCUUCUGUUCAUGGAUUAAGAGCCUUGGGAUCGGCAGCAUUGGAUAUGGCAAUGGUGGCGUGCGGAGCCGCCGAUGCCUAUUUCGAAUAUGGUAUUCACAUAUGGGACAUAGCAGCAGGUGAAUGCAUCGUACGCGAGGCCGGCGGUGUAGUAUUGGAUCCAGCAGGCGGAGAAAUCGACAGACUGUCUCGUCGUGUGCUGGUCGCUAGUACCAGUCAACUUGCUGAACAAUUGAGCAACAGAUUGGCCCAGUUUUAUCCCUUGCCAAGGGAUUAAUAAGAGUCAACUAAUUUAUACAGGCAUACCAAGUACUUUGGUAUAUUAUUAAUCUAAUAUAAUGUCGAGUCAGUCAGUACUAGAUCUUCCUGUUGGGUAUAAGUGAAUAGUGUAAUUUUGUUAUUGGUUGUUGUUACUAGUGUACUUAAAUGGCGUUUACUUAAUUUAUUUAUGGAUGGGGAUAUAGAAGUCAGUAUUUCUUUAUUAGUUUUUAUUGCCACUUAACUGGAACAUGUUGUGAUUCUAUGUACUUACCUUUAAAUUAAUAUUAGAUUAUUUUAAAUAUAUUAGACCAAAUUAAAACUCAGGUAUUCCAAUGUUAUAAAACUAGAAAUAAAUAAAUUGCAUAUUAAUGAGA